UCUCACUUAUCCCACUUUAAUGUUUUCAAUUAUUUUCCUUUUUCUUCUUGUCCCCCUUCUUUCUCAACUCUCUCCUAUGUCAUUAUAAAUACACCAAAGGCAAACAUAUCUACCCUUCUUUAUAUCUUCCUCCUCUUUUCAUCUCCUCCUUUGAAAACAGAAAAUUAAUUUUUUUCAAUUAAAAAAACAGAAUGGGAACAACAUCAGAAUCAAAUAUCAAGAUCAUAGUUGAGAAAAAUCCUUCAGAAGCUCGUUUAUCAGAACUUGGCAUUAAAUCUUGGCCUAAAUGGGGUUGUCCACCAGGGAAAAUGACACUGAAAUAUGAUGCAACAGAAACAUGUUACUUUGUGAGAGGGAAAGUUAAGGCAUACCCUAAAAAUAAAGGGUCAACAAAUGAUGAAGGUGUUGUAGAGUUUGGGGCAGGAGAUGUUGUCAUUUUUCCAAAGGGACUUAGUUGCAUCUGGGAUGUUUCUGUUGCUGUUGAUAAAUUCUACAAGUUUGAUCCUCCUUAAUUCAUACUUUUAAUUAGCAUAGUAAUUAAUUAACAUAAUUAAUCUUUUUUUAUGUUGCGUUGUGUUCAGAAAGUAUUUUUACUUGGUUAAUUAUUACGUACUCUCUCCGUUUCUAAAUAUUUGUCGUUGUAGGGACGGAGUAGAUCUUAAGUUAAGUUUAUGUAUGUGUUCCAAGAAUCUUGGAAAUAUUAUUACAAAAGUAAUUAGUCAAAGUUUUUUUUUCCCACUUAAUUAUUGUUUUAAAUUUUUCAGUUUGUAUAAGUUGUGAAAUCAAGACAAUUUGAAUGGAGUAGCAUUUAUAUGGA